GUGUUCAUCUGGUCCCCACAGAGGCAUGGCUCAGAUGAGGAAGCUGACAUGUGAUGGCAUCAGGACGAACUCCCGGGGCGAACCACAAGUCCCGCUGGUGUCAGCCAGACAGGAGAUCCUCACCAGCCUGGUGUCUGCCCUCGACUCAGUGUGCAUGGCAAUGUCUAAGCUCAAUGCUGAAGUGGCGUGUGUCACCAUACACGAGGACAGCGUGAUUGCAGUCGGCACAGAAAAAGGCAGAGUUUUCCUCAACUCCAGGAGGGAAAUCCAAACAGACUUCUACAAGUUUUGUCGGGUGCCAUGUCUGCAAAAUGUGACCACAGCAAACGCCCAUACCAAAGACCAGGAAGGUGACCUCAGCAAACUGAGUAAAGAUGGUGAGCAUGGGAAACCAAGAGCUCCAUCAGAUGCUCAGUCCAACAUCUUUGUUCUGAGGAAGAUGGUGGAGGAAGUCUUCACUGUACUUUACAGUGAGGCUGUGGGAAAGAGCAGUCUGGUCCCUGUGCCUUAUGAGUGGAUCCAGAAGGACCCCAGCUGUGUGGUGGCCCACGGUUUGCCUGAGGGAGUCACCCUGAAGAAGCCUUCUGAGUAUGACACCAAGACACUGAUGAAGAUUCUGGAGCAGAGCCACCGCAUCCAGUUUACAGUAAAAAGGCCAGCAGAAGAUUUAACUCGGGAAGCCAAGUCCAGCACUGAUGUCAAUCACAACUCUUCCCCUGCCAUCAUGACAUCGGGCAGCCAUGGCCCUGGGAAGACUUCUGCCCAGGGAGUUACGUCAUCGAGUCCCGCCACUUCCAGCAACUCUGUCCUGUCAAGCUUCCUGUACGGCAUGCCCAUGUCAUCCAAACCUCACCCAGAUGGCAAGCUGGAUUUCAAACCCAUGUCCCUCCUCAACCUGGGCAAGGACAGAGUGGCCAACUGGACAGCAGGGACAGACAAAUUAAGCACGUCUGUCAAGGACUGUGCUAACAAUGAUGAGACAACAAGACUACCUGGUGAGCAGGGUCAGAGCCCUCCUGGCAUCCACAUCUCCAAGAGGCUUCUUUUCUCCAUAGUGCAUGAAAAAUCAGAAAAAUGGGAUUCUUUCAUUCGGGAAACUGAAGACAUCAACACGUUGAGAGAAUGUGUUCAGAUCUUGUUCAACAGCAGAUACGCUGAGGCCCUGGGUCUAGAUCACAUGGUGCCUGUCCCCUAUCGCAAAAUAGCCUGUGACCCAGGGGCCGUGGAGAUCAUCGGCAUCCCUGACCAGAUCCCCUUCAAGAGACCCUGCACAUAUGGAGUUCCCAAGCUCAAACGCAUCCUGGACGAGCGCCACGGGAUCCGCUUCAUCGUCAAACGAAUGUUUGAUGAAAGGAUUUUCACUGCUGCUGGCAAGAUUGCAAGGGAGGAGGGCAAGCAUGACCUGGGCUCCACGCCUGAAGACAGCUUCCCUGACAAUCUGAGCAUCCCGCCCACCACAGCCGAGCUGGUCAGCAAUCCUCACAGCAGCAGAUCGACAAGUGCAUGCGUGAGUCCCUUGGCUGACUGUGAAGCAGGUCCUUCAGGAGAUUGCAUUCCUUUGAAAAGGAUUAAAACGGAGCCUCCAGAUGGGGAAAUCAUUCAAGUUACAGUGCCAGAUGCUGGUACAAGUGGGGAGGAGCCCAGCGAGCCUGUGGCCGAGCCAGUCGUAGCUGCAGCGUGUCCAGCCACAUCCUCGCCCUCUGCUCCCUCUGCUCCCCAUCACCCAAUGGAAAACCACGCAGGUAACCUCAGCCCCGUCAGCCCCCAACUCCAUAUAAUCUACCUCCUUCUCACCACAGCUCUUGGAAUGCCAGCUCCACCCCACGGCCUUACAGCCACCCCGGUGCCACCCAGCGCCCGCCACUGCCACCUCACACUCUGGCUGUUUUUUAGGGAGCUAAAUAAGCUGCCACACGUAUGAAAACGCUUUUUUCUUCCACUCUCCCACUUCCCCACAACCAAACCUCCCCAGCCACUAGUAGCUACAACCCCAACCUUAAGAAUCCCCACUGCCCAUCUCUGGCCUGACUAUGGCUCUUCUCUUCUCCCAUCUGUGAAAAGCACCAUGUAUCAGCUGCAGCUAUUUGACAAAACUGUGCUUUUGAGUCAAUCUCUGAGUCACAUUAUGUCAGUUUGUACACUGAAAAGUUUACCUUUGAUCAUUUUUGCCAAUUAAGUUAUGAAGACUGAUGCAUUGUGCAUAUUUCCAGAUUUAGAGUUACAUUGUCCUGUAGUCCUGAUGCCCAGAAUGAUUAGAGUUACUUAAUGUAUUAGAGAGACCAAACUGUUCCUCAAAGAUCCUUUCAAUACCCCCAAAUCCUUCCUCCAUCUAACACGGAACUGUUCGUAGACUGAAACAGCUCUAAUCCAUAAAACCUAGAGUAAGCUUACCAAGACAUUUGAGUAGACUACACUCUCUUUCUAAACCGCACCUAACGUUAAUUUAUCUAACGUUAAUAAACAUGGUUUGUAGUGGUUUAUUUACUUAUUCUCAUCUUAAAGGGUUGGUUCAACCAAAUUACAAAUAUAUUUACUAUAUUAACUUAAUAUCUUUAUCUCUACUGGUAUCUAGCCAAGCAGAUAGUUU